AUUCAUGGGCGUGAAUCAGAUUUAUCUGAACACAUGGAUGUGUCUGUGAGGAAAAAACGACGGAUGGAUGUUUCAGAUCUCUGCAGAGAGGAAGACUCUUCUGUUGAGUCCAGUCUGUGUCAGAAUGAAUCUCCUGAACCCAUCUGUGUGUCCAUCAAGAGUGACGCGUCAAUGAAUCAGUCAUUUGAGUUCAGCUCGGGAGACACAUCUACUGAUCUGAGUCAAAAACAUAAAGGACCGCAAUCACAUACAGCAAAGAAGAACUUAGACUCCAUUUUUAAGGAGCUUGAGCACAAAAUCAUCUCUGAGUUAAAAUGCUUUAAGAGACUACUGAGUCCAGAUUACCCAGAAUGCUCUGAAAGAGACCAUUAUAAUGAUGAGGGUCAUAGCAGAGUCAGAGAGGGGCUUCUGAAGAUCACACUGCUCCUCCUGAGGAAGAUGAACCAGACAGACCUCGCUGACACACUACAGACCAAACUGAUGCCUAUGUAUCAACAAAAACUCAGAUCCAGACUCCAGGAUAAAUAUCAGAGACUCAGUGAAGGACUGUCCAAUCAUGGAGACUCAACACGUCUGAAUGAGAUCUACACAGAGUUAUACAUCACAGAGGGAGGCAGUGGAGAGGUCAAUAAUGAACAUGAGGUGAGACAGAUUGAGACAGUGUCCAGGAGACCAGAGACACAGGAGACACCAAUCAACUGCAAUGACAUAUUUAAACCCUCACCUGGACAAGACAAACCCAUCAGUACUGUGCUGACUAAAGGAGUCGCUGGAAUUGGAAAAACAGUCUCUGUGCAGAAGUUCAUUCUGGACUGGACUGAAGGAAAAGCCAAUCAGGACGUUCAUUUCAUAUUUCCACUCCCUUUCAGAGAGCUGAACUUGAUACAGAAACAUCUCAGUCUUGUGGAUCUUCUAAACCACCUUCACACAGAAACCAAAGAAUUAAAGUCAGCAGAUUAUGAGGACUACAAAGUCAUGUUCAUAUUUGAUGGUCUGGAUGAGUGUCGACUGCGUCUAGAUUUCAGAAACAGUCGGAGCUUGUCUGAUGUGACAGAAUCAGCUUCAGUGGAUGUGCUGCUGACCAACCUCAUCAAAGGGAACCUACUUCCUUCUGCUCUCCUCUGGAUCACCUCUCGACCAGCAGCAGCCAAUCAGAUCCCUCCUGAGUGUGUCCACAAGGUCACAGAGGUACGAGGAUUCAACGACCCUCAGAAGGAGGAAUAUUUCAGGAAGAGAAUAAAUGAUCCGAGUCUGGCUGAGAGAAUCGUCACACACAUUCGAUCAUCAAGAAGUCUGUUCAUCAUGUGUCACAUCCCAGUCUUCUGCUUGAUUUCAGCCGCUGUUCUGGAGAGGAUGAUGGGUAAAGCAGAGAGUGCAGAGACCCCCAAGACUCUCACACAGAUGUUCACACACUUCCUGAUUUUUCAGACCAAACUGAAGACACAGAAGUAUGAUGGGAAAUAUGAAAUCAAUCCUGAUCAGGCUAGAAAGACUAUUCUGUCUCUAGGAAAACUGGCUUUUGAACAGCUGGAAAAAGGGAACCUGAUCUUCUACGAGGAGGACCUGAAAGAGAGCGGCAUUGAUGUCACAGAAGUGUCCGUGUACUCAGGAGUUUGUACCCAGAUCUUCAGAGAGGAGUCUGGACUGCAGCUGGGGAAGGUGUUCAGCUUUGUUCAUCUGAGUAUUCAGGAGUUUCUUGCUGCUUUAUUCAAGCUGCUGUCCUUUUCUGAACAAAACACAGGACUGAAGAAUGUGUUCAGGUCACCAAUGAUCAGUUUACUGAAGAGAGAAGUGGACAAGGCCUUACAGAGUGAGAACGGACACUGGGAUCUUUUCCUCCGGUUCCUUCUAGGUCUCUCUCUAGAGUCUAAUCAGACUCUCUUACAAGGCCUCCUGAGAAAGACAGUAAGCAGCUCUGAUAUCAAUCAGGAAACAGCUGCAUACAUCAAACAGAAGAUCAGGGAGAAUCCCUCUCCAGAGAAAUCCAUCAAUCUGUUCCACUGUCUGAAUGAACUGAAUGAUCGUUCACUAGAGCAGGAAGUACAAACAUACCUGAGCGGAACAGAUCUCUUCCGUCUCUCUGGAGUCUCUCUGUCUGCUGCUCAGUGGUCGGCUCUGGUGUUUGUGCUGUUGAACUCAGAAGAAGAGCUGGAUGAGUUUAAACUGAGGAAAUAUGAUCGAUCAGAAGAAUGUCUUCUGAGGCUGCUGCCAGUGAUCAAAGCAUCUAGAAAGAUUAAUCUCUCCUGCUGUUAUAUUACAAAGAAAGGCUGUGCUGCUCUGAUUUCAGCUCUGAGAUCAAACCCCUCACACCUGACAGAACUGAAUCUGAGUUAUAAUACACCAGGAGACUCAGGAGUGAAGCUGCUCUCUGCUCUACUGGAGGAUCCACACUGUAAACUGAAGAAACUACAGCUGAGAGACUGCAGUAUUGGAGAGGAAGGCUGUGCUGCUCUGAUUUCAGCUCUGAGAUCAAACCCCUCACACCUGACAGAACUAAAUCUGAGUGAUAAUACACCAGGAGACUCAGGAGUGAAGCUGCUCUCUGCUCUACUGGAGGAUCCACACUGUAAACUGAAGAAACUACAGCUGAUUAACUGCAGUAUUGGAGAGGAAGGCUGUGCUGCUCUGAUUUCAGCUCUGAGACCAAACCCCUCACACCUGACAGAACUGGAUCUGAGCUGUAAUAAACCAGGAGACUCAGGAGUGAAGCUGCUCUCUGCUCUACUGGAGGAUCCACACUGUAAACUGAAGAAACUACAGCUGUGGAGAUGUGGUAUUGGAGAGGAAGGCUGUGCUGCUCUGAUUUCAGCUCUGAGAUCAAACCCCUCACACCCGACAGAACUGGAUCUGAGACGUAAUAAACCAGGAGACUCAGGAGUGAAGCUGCUCUCUGCUCUACUGGAGGAUCCACACUGUAAACUGAAGAAACUACUUAUUUGACAGUGGAAACUCCACAAGCUCCAAACAACUGAAUCAAAACAACAUGUCCUGAACAAGAGUGUCACCUGGACAUUAACCCCCUGGGGUUGAAGCAUCAGUGCGGUCUGUCACGUAUUUUCUUGAUGACUGCGAACAGAACUAAAAAUACUUUGAUCAUUUUUGAUCGUACAGAUAAGAAUAAGGUAUUGUUUUAAACUGCACAGGGUUUACUUUUAUUUGUUUAUUCAUAAUAAUAAUAAUAAUCAAUCAAAUAAAAAGACAUGCUGGCUAUUAACAAUUAAAUGAAAUUACUAUCAACUAAGUUCAUAGAUGGAUUGUGCAUAAAUGUUAUGUUUAAAAAUAACAUUGUAAUAUAGAAAUAUUUAAUGAUUGCAAAAAUGAAAUAAGAUACUUUUUGUAAUGAGGUGUUUGGGUUUUGUUUCAUGUUCUUGUUUUCAUGUCUCUUAUUUUGUAGUUUGUUUCUUGCUGUUUGUCAUACUUCCCUUGCCCUCAUGUAUCUCUGUCUUGCGGAUGUGUCGUGUUCUGAUUGGUUUAUUGUCUUGUCAUGUGAUUAUCUGUUUGCUCAUUGGUUUGUUCAUGUCAUGUGACCCUCAUUGUCUGUUAUAAGUAGUCAUGUUCUUGCCUCUGUCCCUUGUCAUGUAUUAAUGUUGUAACCUGCUGUCGCUGAGUCUAGUCUGUUUAUGUCUAGUCAAGUUUGUUUAAGUCAAGUCUUUGUUUAUUGUAUGUUUAUUGUUUGGACUUUGGAUCACUCUGUAAAUAAACUGCACUUGGGUUCUCACAACGUUCACCUUCAUUGGACUCGUUACACUUUUUUAAAUAUGAUACUACAACCACCAGUAGGUGGCAGCAAGUGACUGUCUUAAUGGGUGUGUU